UGUUGUGGGGAUUGAGUGGGAAAUUGAAGGUCCUCACGCGCGCAUACGUGUAUACGUACAUCUUCUCGUGUUGCUGUCUCUCUCUCUCUCUCUCUCUCUGGGUUGGUGGAAGCUGUGAGUGAGAGUGACCGAGUCCUCUGUCCUCUCUUCUUCUUCUUCCACCUCGCACCUCACCUCACCUCUCUGGGUUGGGUUGGGUUGGGUUGUUGUUACCGUCACGGUGCAGCAAACAACAAACAAUCAGAUCGACACAGAUCCGGUGGCUGCCUCACCGGAUCUCCCCAUUCCUUCUUCUCCUCUUGCUCUCGACUCGACUGUACUGGACUGGACUGGAGUGGAAGCGAAGCAAAGCAAUCAUCUUGAUCUUGGAAGAUUGAUUGAUUGAUUGAUUGAUGGGGAAGAAGCCCAAGUGGCUGGGCGCCGUCAAGAAGGCAUUCAGCCCCGAAUCCAAGGACCAGCAGAAAUUGCAGAGGAGGUUGGCCGCCGCCGGCUCCAGCGCAGGCGCAGCCUACCCGCGGGAUCUGACGCCCUCCGCCUCCUACCUCGAGGCACGCGCCUCAGGCUCAGCUCCCCCGCCCGCCCUCCCCCGCUACCCCGACGACUUCCAAGAGGAGGAGCAUGAAAUUGAGCAUGUCGCCGCCGCGCCAGCGCCAGCGCCAGCCACGGAUGCGCCGCUACCUGCCCCUCCUGCCGCCGCACCACCACAGGUUCAGGCUGCCAUUGCGCCGGCUUCUUCCUCUUGUGUCAUGUCCAGGGAGCUCGCCGCCACCAAGAUCCAGACCGCCUUCCGAGGUCACCUGGCAAGAAGGGCGCUGCGGGCAUUGAAAGGCCUGGUCAGACUCAAGUCGCUGGUCCAAGGCCACUCCGUCAAGCGCCAGGCCACCAGCACGCUUCGCUGCAUGCAGACUCUGUCCCGGGUCCAGUCCAAGAUACGGACGAGGAGGAUCAAGAUGGCCGAGGAGAACCAGGCCCUUCAGCGCCAGCUCUUGUUGAACCAGGAACUAGAGACUCUCAGGAUGGGAGAUCAGUGGAAUACCAGCCUGCAGUCCAAGGAGCAAAUCGAGGCGAGCCUCGUGAGCAGGCAAGAGGCCGCGGCUAGAAGAGAACGGGCUCUCGCAUACGCAUUCUCCCACCAGUGGAAGAGCACCUCAAGGUCUGCCAACCCGAUGUUCGUGGACCCGAGUAACCCGCACUGGGGCUGGAGCUGGCUGGAGCGGUGGAUGGCGUCGAGGCCGUUCGACGGCCGCAACGGGGCGUCCGAGAAGGAGGGCAGCAGCGUCGACCGCACGUCGGUGCACAGCACCAGCCUGAGCAUGAACCUCGGAGAAGGUGAGACGGUCACAAAGGCGGACAACCAGGUGGUGGACUCUUUGAAGCCGAAUGAUGAUAAGCCGCCGCCGCUUUCGACUCCGAAGCCGUCCGGCCCUGCCCCCAGGCAGUCCCCGUCGACGCCCUCGCCGGCGCUGGCGAGGAAGAAGAGCGCGACGCCCAAGAGUGGAGACUGCGACGGCGACGACGCGAGGAGCGUGGUCAGCACUGUCCGGUCCGAGCGGCCCCGGAGGCACAGCAUCGGCGCGUCCAGCGUGCGUGACGACGCGGGCUCUUCCCCGUCGGUGCCGAGCUACAUGGCGGCCACCAAGUCGGCGUCGGCCAGGGCCAAGUCGCGUGUGCAGAGCCCGACGCUGACCGAGGGUGCUGCUCAAGCUGAGACGCUGGAGAAAGGAUGGUCUUCUGUGGGUUCAGCGAAGAAGCGGCUGUCCUUUCCGGCUGGGACGCCACCGCCGGUGCCGGCGGCGGCGGCGAGGCGGCACUCCGGGCCUCCCAAGGUGCGGCAGGCGGGCGUGGAAGGUGGUACGGAGGAACGGGACUCGUCCCUUGCGUGGAAGCAAGGAAUCGAUAGGGCGGAGGCAGCAGCAGACUUGUCCUUGUCCGGCUCCAACAACAAGUGCACCAAAAUCCCCCUCCAAUCCAAUAUAUUAUCGAUCGAUCGGAUACGUCCAUCCAUGGUGUCGUGUCCAGCGAGCAAGGAAGCCGCAGCCAUGGCAACGGAGGGGGAAGAGACCGCGACCACGACGGCGGCGGCGGAGAAGACGUUCCUGGUGCAGAGCGAGGACGGCAUGGAAUUGUUGGUGUCCGAAUCGGAGGCGAGCCAAUCCAUGACCAUCGACGGCGAGACCGUCUGCUACGACGGCGAGCCCAUCUACGUCAACGUCGACGGAGAAACCCUCUCCAAGGUCUUGCACUACUGCAAGAAGCACGCCGCCGCCGGCGACCACGACGACCUCCUCAGCGCCUGGGACGCGGAGCUCGUCCGCGGCGUCGACCUCGAGACCCUCUACGAUCUCAUCCUCGCCUCGAAGCAGCUGGAGGUCCGAGGCCUCCUGGACCUGGCCUGCGGGGCCGUCGCCGGCAGGAUCAAGGGCAGGUCGCCCCGGGAGAUCUGCCACCUCCUCGACAUCAGGGGCGUCUUCUUCCCUGACUUCCACCAGCAGCUCUCGUCGGCGAGAAGUGGGUCUCGCUCGUCUGAGUCGACAGCUCGAGAGCUCAAGCUGACGGAGAAGGCGCUGCGGGCUCUGCACGUGGUCCGUGUCCACGAGUUCACCUCGUACGAGCCCAAGCAGGACUACCACGUGUGCUAUCGCUUCCACCACGAGUUCAACACGGCCUUGUUCGACUACCACAAAGAGACUCGCUUCUGCCGUGGCCCGCCGCUCUGCAAGAGAAGACCGGCGCGAGAGUCGCUCGUGGGAGCAUGUCUCAACAUCAUAUCCUUGAAGGUGCGCGAGUCGGACGUCGGCUUCCCGAUCAACGUGUUUGGCACCGUCGUCGCAAGGGACUCGGUGGACUAUAGAUGCGUCUAUCUCUUUAGGCGUGACAGGGACGAUCCCCAACUCAUCACCUCGCCGGAUGAUGUGUUAUCUUUGUCGGACCCAUGUCGAGCGCUAGUUCCGCGGAGUAGGGUUCAUUUCGAGAUCGAUUUGAAGAUCAAGUGCGAUGGAGGGGCGGAUCAAGUUUUUAGCAAAGGCUUGGAAGAAUUCGAUUCGGUCCGCCUCGCUACAGGAAAGGAGACCAUGACCCUCGGUCUAGAGAGUUAUCUGAGUAGGCUGGAGUUGUCAUGUGUGCAGGUUUACACACCCGUGGAAGCCACCUUUGCCAUCAACGUUCUAAAGGGCCCGUGUAAUAUCUCGAGAGCAGUCGUUGCGACCCGUGGAAACUUUAGGGAUCGUAGAAUCCUAUACGAAGCAACGGACAACCAUAUAGUGAUCGGUGACGGUGGCUCCGUUCCGUUGACUCGGCGUGUGGUAGCCGUCCCACGGGAUCAGAAGCUGGCGCUCUUUCUUGUCGGUGGCGACGAUGUAGUACUUGGACACCUUGCCCUCACUCUAGGCCAUUCCGACGAAGUGGUCAAUCGUAAGAUGGGUUGCGCUGAGCUUGAGGUGAAAGUUGCUUGGACGGCUGUCCCGAGAAGAAAAAGACCUAACAUGUUUAAAGAGGUCGGAGAUGUGCGGCUCUUGCUGUGAUAAUAGCUUUUGUAUGGUGCAGUGGUGUAUCUCUACCAAAAUGCAAGGAGCUGUUUUUGUUUAGGACUAACAGUUAUAUGAUUAAUGUAUGAUUUUUA